UGACCCGUAGGCUGGAGAACUCCACCGGAAAUAGCGUCACUGCAAUGCGACGUGCUCCGGCGUCUAGUUCGCAGGGGUCUGCAGUGGUAAUGGAUCUCCCGUGUCCGGAGUGGAUAAAACAUGUGGAGCAGAAAUGGACCCGGCUAGAAUCUGCGACAAGAGAGCGCUUUUCUGCCUUCACUGACAUAGACGAUCUUUUCCACUUUGGCCAGUCACAGCUGCAAGGAAACAAAAGACACUCUCGUGGAGGGCUUCAUGGUUUUUUUCUCCCACUUUGCACGUCGAACGUGACGAGGUGGGAAAUGACGUCAUUACAGCUUGCAUAUACCGCGGAAAAGUUGGAUUUAUAUAUUGGACAUUUGGCUGCACAUUCGAGAUCCUCUCUUCUGUUUCUCAAGAAAUAAACACACAAAAAGGACAAAAUGUGUAUUUUUUUUUUACUAUGGAGUGGACAGAGAAUCAAGUACAAGUCAGAGGAUCUUAAAGCUUUGUCCAGAAUAUCUGAGAAGUAUCCUGUGAAGAAAUCUUCUGAAUGUGCAGCCAGAUUUAGGGAGCAAGGGAAUGUGAGCUUUAAAGAGAAGGACUACACUUCUGCUGCCCUAUAUUACACUCAGGGUGUGUGUCAUGCUGAAAAGAAUACAGAACAGCUGUCUUUAUGCUAUGCCAAUCGUUCAGCUGCUUUGUUUCAUCUUGGUCUCUACACCAAAUGCCUGGAGGACAUCCAGCAGGCCUUUGAUGAAGGUUACCCAAGUCACCUGCACUCCAAACUGAUGGACAGACAGUCACAGUGUACAAGUCUGGUUAAAAUGCAGGAACAUCUGAAAGCAACUCCUUCUAAGCAUCAGACACCACAAACCAACGAGAAUAUGGGUAGUAAUACCAAUGUGUCAUCUGCUGUGUCUGUUCACUUUACUCCUGAAAGGGGACGUCACCUGUUGGCCACUGAGAACAAGUCAGCAGGGGAAAUAGUGCUUGAAGAUGAGGCUUUCAGCUUUGUACUUAUACCUGUCAAUAGACAGUACAACAAGAGUGACAAAGCUGGUAUAUUUACAACAGAGCCCAGACACUGCCAUCACUGUUUGUGUGAGAAUUUUAACUCUGUACCAUGUCGGGGCUGUAGCUAUGCCCAGUACUGUGGACAGAGGUGUGAAACGGAGGCAUGGAAGCAGUACCACUGCUGGGAAUGUUCAAUUGGUUCAGAGCUACUGGCUCUUGGGCUGUUUGCACAUUUGGCCCUGCGAGUGACCCUAAAAGCUGGAAUAAAGGAGGUCCAGAGGGCAAGAGAGAGUUGUUUUAACUUGGUUUCUGAAGUGCCAAAAGCAACCUUUGUCAGCAGAGAUGAGAAGUCUGGAAAUGGCAAGCCUUGCUCCAGUGGAGGAACAUCUGAAAGUCUGGGCUUGGUGUCAGGACUGAAUGUAGGACCUCUGAUGUCUAACAAAUGCUCUCAAGGCUCUAAUCAUUCAAGCUGUUACCAUGGAAAGUCAUACCUUGGCAUCUAUAGUCUGUUACCACAUGUGGAGAAACAAAACCCUAACUUGUGCUUCCUGUUAGCUUUCACCAUGGCAGCACUCAGUCAGAGACUUUCACUAGAAGUGCCACCAUGCCAUGAUCAGGAAGAAGGGAGUGUGUGCUGGGGGUCUGAGAAGAGCCUGCUAGGAGCUACAGCUCUGAGGCACAUGCUGCAACUCCAAUGUAAUGCACAGGCUGUGACUGCAAUCAAAGUCAAAGAGGAUACCAGCCUACCAGUGCAGUCUAGUAAAGAAUUCCGCAUUGCCACUGCACUGUUCCCAGUCCUCAGUCUGCUCAACCACUCCUGUCAGCCUAACAUGAGCAUCUCGUUCGGUCUGGGCCUUGGUUCAUCUGGCUCUAGUAGCCCAGGGUAUUCUGCGUCAGGACUUACAGUAACAGUCCGAGCAUGCAGAGACAUUGCUGCAGGGCAGGAGCUGUUGCACUGUUACGGUCCUCACUGUAGCAGAAUGGAUGUUGAGAAGCGCCAGCGCCUGUUGCUGAGGCAGUACUUCUUCCACUGUCAGUGUGAGGCUUGCAAGCUGGAGCUAGCUGACAGAAGCAGCACAUUACCAUUAAGCUUUAAUGGUCUUAAGUGUGAAAAAUGUGGAAGCUUCCUUAAGAUGAGUGUGGAUGUGCAUGUAUGUUCAGAGUUGUCCUGUAAUCACCACAUCUUAAAUACAGAGCUGCAGAGAAGAAUGCAAAUACUACAGCACCACUUGGAGCAAGCUUUAGAACUCAUGGAGAACAACCAAAUAAAUGGUGCCCUAAGUAUCUUGCAGAAAGCAGCCAAUCUGGCAGACAGUAUCUUAAUGAAGAUGCACCCUCUGCAGGGCGAACUAGCUGAUGCAAUGGCACGAGCAUAUGCUACCAUGGGGCUUUGGAGGCAGGCUGCAUCACAUUUAAAACGUAGUAUUGCUGCUGUUUGUUACCAGUAUGGAAAGGACAGUGUGGAGCUCGGGAGACAGCAGUUUAAACUUGCCCAGCUAUAUUUCAAUGGAGGAGAUGGGUCGUCUGCUCUUUCAGUAAUACCUUUAGCCCAACGCCUGCUCUCCCUCCACUGCGACCCUCACUGCAAGGAACUGCAGGAGCUUCAGGCUAUGGAGGCCUGCCUGUGUAGCACAAUGUGAUGCUCAGUGACUCCUCUGUUUUAACAACGUAAUAUUUAAGCUGGUGACAUAAUUGAUAUUUUAAUGUGAACAUUUUCAAUGAAGUCUAAUCAACAGAAAGGACUGCUUUUAUACACACUUUGUAAAGAUUGCAUUCGGAUGGUUAACCAGUGUUUCUAAGUAGGACAGGCAUGAAUAACUGCUGCAGCAGGCUCUUUAGCCGAUGGGAGGAUCUGGAGUGGUUAUGUUUGAUUAAUUAUUAUUAAGCGUAUCUUAACUGUAAUAAUUCUAUAUCACCCCCCCCCCCUGAGGAUUACCUGGAUACUUUCUUGUGUGUAUCUGCACACAAAACAAGACCUUGCACCAAAGUUACAAAGUGGCAUAUGAUGCAGUAUUUUUAAUAAAUACAAUUUUCAUACAA